CGAGAACGGCAGCCAAAUAUUGUAGGACGCUUGGUGAGACCGGAAUGCACCAUGUUGCUAAAACAUCUGCAAGCGGUAUUUGUCGCGUCUUACCGAAAUGCCUCCUGCGCCUUAACACUGUACGGCCAACCAGUCGUACACAGAGAUGCUUUACGAAUGGCGUAAGUGGAAGCACUCAGCACCUUAGGCUAGACCAAGAGGCGCAUUGCGCCCCGUAUCCGAAACGCACACACACAUGCAGGACACUCAGCUCCGCAGAUGUUGAUGUCUCAGUGACAAUGCAUGGAUGGUUACUUCCCGAAAGGAAGGUCAAUAAGAAAUUGUCUUUCUUCAGCCUGAGAGAUCCAUAUGGGACAGUGCAGCUAGUAGUUUCUGGCAACAGUGAUCCCAUGGCAUUGUCCAAAAUGCGUGAUGUACCUCCGGAGUCUACCGUGCUGGUGCAAGGUGUUGUUAAAAUGCGAGCCAAAGGGCAGCAACGCCCUUAUCCUGGGGGAGAUAUCGAAGUGGUCGUCAGCUCCUUUACUCUCCUCAACCCGGCAGAUCGCAACCUCCCGUUUGUGCCUUCAGACACAGAGAAUUUGGCUAAUGAACAGCUCCGCUUACGUUACCGCUACCUCGACCUCCGCAGAAAUGAAUUGUCCGCAAAUAUCAGGAAGCGCAGUGAUGUAGCCCACAUAGUGCGCACUGUGUUUCAUGAAAGAGACUUCACCGAGGUUGAAACGCCCAUGUUACUCAAGUCCACCCCGGAAGGUGCACGGGAAUUCCUUGUCCCUACUCGAGUUAUAGCUCCAGCAACGAACAGCCGAGCCACUCAAUCACCUAUGUCACCCCUCUUUUAUGCCCUCCCGCAAUCUCCGCAGCAACCAAAACAGCUCCUCAUCGCGUCUGGCGCUGUCGACAGGUACUACCAGCUCGCGCGAUGUUUCCGCGAUGAAGAUGGGCGCAAAGACCGACAACCGGAGUUUACUCAGGUCGAUCUUGAGAUGGCCUGGGUUAGUUGGGGGGAACUAGAAGCGAAUGUUGCAUCUCCACAGGAGCAGCCAAUACUGACUGCGGAGGCCGACGGCAGUGCGCCUCUCUCCACACGGGAUUCGUGGAGGAUAGGUGGUCAUGAAGUACGCGACGUCGUGGAAGCUGUCGUGCGCCGCAUCUGGGCUGAGAUUGAGAAAGUGGAGCUACCCCUCCAGUUCCCGGUGAUGACCUACAAUUCUGCCAUGACUCGCUUCGGAAGUGAUAAGCCUGACACGAGAUUUGGUCUGGAGGUUGUCGAUGUUACCUCCCACCUACCAGCCGCGACCCAGGAAACCUUCGCCGUUCAUGGAGAGGCCAUCGAUGCCUUGAUCGUUCGCGAAGACUCUUCAGCUGAUCACCCAUUCCUCCGCGCUGCUCCCUUUAGCAGCGCUCUGAACAUGCAAGGUGGUGGGGUGCUUUGGCUGUCGAAGCGUCCUCGCCGCCCAGAGGGCGGCUCAACAGCGCUUGGCCGUCUUCGCCUCCAAUUAGCCAGCCGUGCACAGGCCUUGGGAGAUCUGACAUUACCGUCAUAUCCUCACUUCCUCUGGGUUACCGAGUUCCCCCUCUUCACUCGUGCCGACCCUGACAAGGAUUUCCUCGCACAUGGACGUUGGAGCAGCUCCCACCAUCCUUUUACUGCACCUAUGUGGCAGGAUAUCGGUAAGAUGUACGAAGGCAAGAUUGCGGAGAUCCGAGGCCAACAUUACGAUCUGGUGCUGAACGGCGUCGAAAUAGGUGGAGGCUCGGUUAGGGUCCACGAUGCCGAUAUGCAGGACUACAUCUUCAGCAAGAUUCUCCAGCUGGAUGAGCAGGAGAAGGCGUCUUUUGACCAUCUACUGCAUGCACUUCGUUGCGGCGCACCUCCUCACGGGGGUUUUGCCUUUGGAUUCGAUCGCCUGAUGGCCAUCCUCUGCAAAACGGAGUCGAUCCGCGACGUGAUCGCUUUCCCGAAAACAGGCGCGGGGACAGACCUGCUCUUCAAGAGUCCUGCCCCGGCGAGUAAGGAUGUGCUGGCGCAAUACGGUAUUAGGGCACAGUAA